GACAAGUAUAUUUUUUCUCAUUCUAACUUAUUGCAUCAGUGCAACAGUGCAACUAGAAAUAACAGACCAACAAAUAAGUGUAGUGAAGACAAAAAGAAAAGUUUGUUUUGGUCAAUGGGGGUUAAGUUUUCUGAUUUUUAACCGGCAUUUGAAGAGGAUUAAACUAAUGAUUUAUUCUAAUAUGUAAUACAUAUUGUACAUACUUUUUAAUAUCUCUUUUUCUCUUCGAGACUGUUCAAGACCGAGAUUCGUGUUGAUAAAUCCGUUACCAUAACAACAGAUUUGAAUCGCGGAGAGUGUGUAGGUACACGGCGGUAUAUUUUUUGCCGAAUUUGUUAUUUUGUAUAGAAUAUUUUAUGGGACUCAACAAGAUGACGGAAACGUCAAAAUCUGAUGUGCAAAUUAUUUUGAGUAUAAAAGAAGGAAAGGGUUUUGAACAAGUUUUACAAUCAACAAUAUUGACUGGAAUUUUAAACGGACAUUCUUUGGAAACUGACAGAAUUGAGUCUUGCCCGACUCCACAAUAUGCCACUGAUCUGGUUUGGGAAACCAAUAAAAUGAUGUUGAGGAGAAUGCGAUCAGAGCAAGCCUCAUUAAAAUUAGAAUGCUUUGCUUUUAAAGAGAACGAGGUUAGAGAGAGAAUUGGAUAUGUUCUGCUGAAUAUACGUUCUGCUCAAAUAGUAUCUAAAUGUCCAAAUUUGAGUCCAAAAGCAAAUUGGUAUAAAUUACUGGGAUUAAAAAGUGAUCUUAAAGUGCAAAAGCCUGAGUUACUUCUUGCAUUAAGAGUCGAAGAUCGAAAGGAUCUAAAUCUAAAUUCAACAACUGAGCUAAGAAAUUUAAUGACAGACAAAAAUGUGAUUUUGGAAAGUAAUAAAAUAAUUCCUUACUUGCAUCCUGAUGAGCAAUUGAUUCAAUUGGGACCUCUAGACACCUGUUGCGAGUUAUUUAUAUUAAGUAUCACGGCUAUAUGCAUAGAAAAUUUGCAUCUGUUGUUACCUGAACAUUUAAACAAGCAUAGCACCAUGCAUUUUUCAUAUAGAGUUUUGGAUAACAAUGUAGAACUUAAGCCAUUUAAGAUAGAGUCUGGAAAAUGUUAUUUUAUGCCUGAAAAAGUGAUAAUAAGAAUACGAAGCUCCUUAAGUGUCUUAAAACAAUACCUACAAUUGAAGCCAUAUUUGUUAAUAUAUCUGAAACAUGAAAAUAAUGUAAUAGCCGAAUCGUCAAUCAAUCUGCAAUCUCUAGUAUCUGCGGACAGUCUGCAAGAAUUUCUCAAAUGUGCUGCCAAUGCAACUACUACUUUACACGAACAUUGUUUUUUGAUUAAACAAGAUUUGAUAGGAAAACACAUUGAAAAUCAAAAUCAUCAGAAACCACAUCUUGAGUUGCAACUUAAAUUGCAAUAUAUUGGAAGUAAAACAAAUAUUUUUCUCAAUUCUAAUAUGACAAUGAAUUGCAACAAUUCCAUAUGUAACACUCAAAUGAAUCGUAAUGAAGAAAGUAUAAAUAAUAUUGAUCAGAAAUAUCUAGAGAUCGAAUCUCACAGAAAUCCCAGUGGUGAUUUUGGAAAGUCUAAUUUCAGAAAUAUUCCCAACAGAAUUAAACGCACGAGAGAAUAUAAAAAUAUUAAUAAACAAUCCGUUGAUUGUCAGUAUGUAAAACAUCAAACGAAUAAAAUUACAUGUUCACGCUCCUGCGAUGGAAUAUUCUGCGAUUGUAUCGAUAAAAAUUACAUCAAAGAUGUAGGAUCUUAUCACUGCUAUUGUCUACAUAUUUCACUCGUAGCGAUAACAUUAAUAUCCAAAACACUAUCUGAACGAGAAAUGGAAUUUCGGUUUCACCAUCCGAAAACGGAAGUCAUGUCAACAGCAUAUGCAACAAUGUCAGACUUAUCUAAUCAGAAAGUGGAAUUGCAAGAUAUCGUAUGUCAAUUUCACUUUAUAUCCGCACCAGAUGAAAUAAAACAAUUACUACAAUCUUUUCCACCGAAAAUCAGUAUAUACGAUGCAAACGAAGGCAAAGAACCACUAUCAUUGCUACUACUUGACGUAAAACCAUUAUUUUAUCAAGAAAAGUUUGAAUGUCAGUAUAAAUUACCUCUGUUCGAUACAGAUCGAAAUAAAAUUGCUGAAAUGGAUAUCAUACUCAAGUUAGAGGAUCGUGGACCACAUUGUAUUUUAAAGAAAGAAACUAUCGAUAAAAAUCUUGGGCCACCGAUACUGGACGAUAGCUUAGCAUAUAAAAUAGUAGAUGAGCUUGAGACUUGGAAGGAACGCCAAAAGGAAAUGUUUAAAGUCGAGCUUAAAAGAAAGGAAGAACAUCAUUUGAACAUGCUGAGUGAGGAAUGGCGAAUUCAGAAGGAAAAUUUAGAAUCAAAGCUCGCAUAUAGCGUCGAACAAUGUAAAACGUUAGCUAAUAGUUUAAACAACGCUACUGAAGAUUUGAGAAAGCGGAGAUUAAAGAGCCUGGAAAACGAAACUAGACUGAUUAAAGCAAAUGAAGAUUUAAAAUGGAGAUAUGAAACUAAGUUACAAGAGCUCAAUAAUCUUUUGCAUGCAACGCAAAGCGAUCUUACAUCAAAGGUCACCAAACUUGAGGAGAAAAAACUUGCUGUAGAAGCACAAGUGGAAAUAUUGUCAUACGAAAAUGAAAAUCUGAAAUCAUCAAUAAGUAAACAAAUGGACGAAUUGCAAAUGUAUCAAAAGGGAUCUUUAACUCAGGAUCAAACAGCGUCCUUGUUGCAAGAGGUGAAAAUUCUUGAAGAAAAAUUAGACAAUGCUCAAAAGGGGAAAGAAUUUUUUCGAGAGCAAUGGAGCAAAGCAGUUCGAGAAUUACACAGAAUGAAAGUGGAUUAUCAAGAAGCUAUGCAAGUUCAAAUUAAGAACAGUAGGGAGGAACUGUUGAGUGCGGAUCUCGCGGAAAUUUUAUCUGCGGAUAGAAAAGCUUUAAACAACGAUCAAAUUUUGCUGAACGAGAUCCAAAAGGAAAUCGAUGUGAUGAAACCGAAACAAUCUUUUGUUCCGACGGAAACCUGUAAUGAGAUAUUUACGACAGCCGACAAUGUCUUAAAAUUUUCCCUGAAUAUUAAAGACGUUUAUGAUAGAUCAGAAAAAUACAAUGAGCGGUUGCAGAUGCUGAAGGAGAAACGCGAGUCCCUUUUGAGGACCGGAAAUCACACGGCCGAUGACGUAGUGAUCAAGAAACUUGACGCAGAGAUUCGAUCUUUACUAGUAAGCAGCGAAUUUAUUUAUCCUGUUUUCUCAAGUUAACAUUCUAUUUUUAUAUAUGAAGAAACAUGCAAUCUCGGAAUAAAAAUUUAUGACAUGUUACAAGAUAA